GUCUGGUCCCCGCAACGCACGGGCCAACAAGGUGUAUUUCGCGGCGCCCACGCCAGCCCCCAGAAGUACGAAUGGACGCGCACGUACCUGCUUUUCGCGCGACUGUGAUUCCGAGGUGUAUAGGAAUGUGAUAAUGAAAAAACACGAAUGUUACGGUGUUGCGAUUUCUACUGGACCAACAAACUCGAAGGUAUGGAGGGCACGGAAUCUCUCAAAAUACAUACUGGUAACAAAAAUUCGCUUACCAGGGAGAAGCGGGAUAAUUUUGAGGGCGGUCACCUAAAGCGGAAAGACACCCUCACGGAGGAUAAUAAAGUUAUAGAAAUGAGUGAUAAUAAACCCCAGAACAAUAAGUUUAGUGAGUUGCAGCACUUGAGUGAAAAGCCCGACGACGGCAGCGAGAAAAAUGAUGGCACAAAAGAGGAGUUGAAAAACGACGAGUGCUGUAGUGUGAGUGAGACUUUAGAUGUGCCGACCCUUGAUCUGUCGACCAAAAGUGGCGGCGAAUCGAUCGAAAACGACGACGUGUCCUUCAGUGAGGAUAACAGUGUAGAUAAUAAUACGUUUAAUAUAAUAAAUACCGAAAAUUCCGAGAGUCAAGAAGUCAGUGAAUUAACGAACGACGAUUCAUCUCCGGUGCCAACUGACGACAAAGAAAACGGAGAUGAAGGCGACUUCAGAGAAAACGGGGAGUCGGACGUUCCAACGCAUACUGAGGAAGAUUCCGACGAGGAGCUCUCUUGUCUCGAAGAGGAAGAGGAGGAGGACGAGGACGAUGAAUGCGAGAUGACCGAGGCGAGCGCAGACAGCGUAGGCGACGACUCAGCCUCGGCCAGCGAAGACGGGGAAGAGAGUGACGACGAGCGCGACUUCGACAACGACUCCCUGGAGGACGGGAAGAGCAAUGCGGCUUCGCUCGCCGAACCGCCGGCGGCCCACAAGCCCCCGCCGCCUUCCCCGAAGGCCGUGGCGAAGGGCGCGAGUCAGCAGAAGCCCAUGUCGCCGAAGUUCAGACACCGGGUGAGGUCCUUCGGCAAGAAGGACAAGAGCGAGUUCAAGAUCGAGAUUUUCGAGUCGAAGCGAAAACCUCCCGAGAACCUGUGCGUCAAGAUCCCCGGCGAGUCGCAAAGCAAGGCUCCGGUGGAAGUGAAAAUUAACGAGCCUCCAAUAAAGUCGAUCAAUGAGGGAAACUCGCCGUGGAAACAGGCGGGAAAGCCAGACUGCUCGAGAACUCCCGAGGACCCGAGCCCGCGUUCGGACAUCGCGUCGACUCCGGACUCGGCGGGGAAUUCUCAGAGUGUGUUGUUGGACGUAAGCCAAGCCAUCCGAGAGGAGAGCGAGGAAUCGGACCGCCUCUCGCCGAUGAAGAGUCCACAGGAAGAGACGAAGGAAGGACCCGCUCAAAUUGGCGCAGGUAAAUAGCCUGUUUUCGCUUGUCUAGGUCGUUUUAUUGUGAGUCUUGAGCAGGUGCUUGAGAUCCCGUGCAUGCAGGCUCAGGAGGCAUCAUUUCUGUUGCAGAAGAUAACGAUGAAAGUACA